AUUCAUCUUAUAAUGAUUAUUAUCGAGGAAACGGGAAUCCUGGCUCUAAACGUGACGUCCAAGAUCCAAGUGAUAACGAAAAGCGUGAACCAGGCAAGCCCAAGCCUUCUAUCUAUUAUCGACCUUAUGUCUCUGAACGUGACGUCCAAGAUCCAAGUGAUAACGAAAAGCGUGAACCACGCAAGACCAACCCUACUAUCUAUUAUCGACCCUAUGUCUCUGAACGUGACGUCCAAGAUCCAAGUGAUACCGAAAAGCGUGAACCACGCAAGUCUUCAAGUGCACCUAAUCCCACUCUAAACGUGGUUCCCAAGCAGAUUAAACUUCAUGAACUUCAAGAAUAA